GUGGUGACUCAGUGUUUCAGUAAGUGUGUUCACGAUGAAGCUCGUUCUGCUCCUGGCUCUCCUCACAGUUAGUGAAUGUGACAGCAGCACAGUUGUUGGUCGAACAGGUGAAGAUGUCACUCUGUCCUGUAAGUAUGACAUCAAACGCUACAAAGCACUGUCAGUUUGUUGGGGUCGAGGACAAAUACCAAUUGAAGGCUGCAACAACCAGCUCAUCUCUACAGACGGACAUAAAGUGAUUGAAGAAACCAGAGUUUCCAGUAGGUAUGAGUUACUGGGACGACUGGGCGAUGGAGAUGUUUCUCUGACCAUACUGAACAUCUCAGAGACGGAUGCUGGAUUUUACGGGUGCAGAGUGGAAAUCCCCGGAUGGUUCAAUGAUGACAAUCAUCAAUUCAUUUUGAUUGUUGAGAGAGCUCCACAGACGACCACGUCAGCAACAUGUACAGCAGCACAUGUCAAUGCUACACUAGUUUCUGUUUCAGCUCCACAGACGACCAGAUCAACAUUUACAGCAGGUCCGACAAACUUGCUCCUCCCUACCUCCUCCCCCAGCAGCAUCGCGGCCGAGCAGGCAUUACGACCCAUCCGACCCACCAAACUGAUGGACAAAACGGAGAGCAGCAGUGUGUACAAGGUUCUGCUGUGUGUUCUGUUUGGGUUGGUAGCUUUGUCAUCACUCGUCAUCGCCAUCAGCAGCAGCAGGUCAACAGUUUGGUCCAGUUCAGCUGGACAUCGUCCACUCUGCACCUCCAGAGUCGAGGUUCUGUAUGCUUGUAUCCUGACUGGUCCAGCUUUGCUGACAUCUCGUUUUGACAUCUCCCGUUAUUCGGACUCUGAUUGGAACAACUUCAAGUUACGCCCACUGCACCAAGUCACUUCCCGCAGUCCACAGACAGACCCUGUUCCUCUAUACUGGACUGUAUGUUAUUAUAAGAUGUGUAGCUCAAAUCAAGCAGUGUGAUUGGUUCAUAACCAUGGUAUAGUAACCGUAUACAAUGGCCAUGAUGUCUAACUCUUUUUUUGCACAAUAACUUUUACUCUUUCUGAAAAAAAGAGUUAAUCUAACGCAGGGGUCUUCAACAUUUUUAGGCCAAGGACCCCUUAGCUAAAAGAGAGACAUACUACACAUACUGUAUAAAAUGAAGUUGCAAUAAACUGGGCCGCAUGGGUGAAACUGUAUGGCAAAAAUGUAUUUAAAAAAAGGAUGUUGAAAAUUUAUAUUGAAUGAAAAAUUAAUUUAUAGACAUAAUUUGGCAGCCCCCCCUGAACUAACUCUGAGGACCUCCUAGGGGUUACGGACCCCCUGUUGAAUAUUUCUGGUCUAAUGAACUGAUAUCUGAAGGAAGUCUGCACACACAGUAAUGAUACUAUGACACAGCAAAGUAAAAUCAGCAAAGAAUCCAUUUCAGCCAUUUUUGACCAGUUUUGACAGCUCUUUUGUGUAUUGGAUUGAUCAGAUGAGAUACAAAAUAAAAGGAGCCUUGUG